UGACAGAAUUUGCAUGCGCUUGAAAAUGUUACAAAGUCGAGCACUUUGCUCCUUACCACUGCUACAACAUUGGUUCUGUUGCAUAUACUAGUUAGUCAAUUACCAUAUUUUGCUUUGCACUCCAAAUCAUAAUAAAAAAUGUAGUAGUGCACAUAGCCUCUUUGGUUGUUAGAUUUCUAUACCUUUCCUACUAAGCCGUCUCCAUGGCUGUCUGUGCAGUGCGAUUGAUGUCAUCUGACUUGAUGUGAUAUGACACAUGGAAUUGUACUGUCCAAAGUAUUUGGAUGACAACAUUUCCAAGAAGCUUGUAAUAGACUGACGCCCGCAUCCUUUUUUUUUUUUUUUAAGCCAUUGACACAUUUUAGCCAUUUAGCGCCUGAAAACUGAGGACAUGGCACGUUAUGCUGAUGUAUCAUUUUUAAGGUCGUCUGAAAUUGUGUCAUGAUAUUUGAGAAUGGUGAGGUAAAGUAUGUGAUAUCCACUUACAAACACCGGAUGCCUCCUUUACUUGCAACCAUAAGAAUCUGAUAAGUGGGGCUAAUUUACAAUGACAUGCAGUAUUUAAAUAUAACGGCAUCACAAUAUAUAUAUAUAUAUAUAUAUAUCCAGGGCUCGACAAUAACGAUGUACCGAUGGCCCGGGGCAAGUUAAAACAAAAUUCGGGCAAGUAAAUCCAAUCAUUAAUAUUCCCGUCGGGCAAGUGCAUUUUGGCAUGCCGUACUGCCAAGAGUUUUUUUAAGCGCUUCUUGUUGGGUGUUGGUAAAACACGGACUGCGUAAUUCCGAUUCCGAUUUGCAAAGCAAUCCUUGCAAUGGACCAAUCAGAAUCGUUUAUUUAGACCGCGGUCCGUAAUCCACAGUCCGCGUUUUACCCACACCCGUUGUUCGCGAUCAACCAAUCAGCGAUCGUUUGACUACGACAACAUCCAUCAUGGCGUCACUGCCGACACCGUCUACUUCUGAAGGAAAACCCCAAAAAGCGAUGAAACAGUGCCUCCUAAAGAAGUAUUUUUGUAGCGGCAGCAAAUCAAAUGAUGGCACUGAUCAAGACAGAUGUGCACAGACAGAUGUGACCAGUUUAGAUGUGCAACCUUUAUGUGGAGGAGACAAAGUUAAAGUCAGUGAUGAUGUUCAAUCCACAUAUUCAGAGGCUGAGCCAUGUGCCAGUACCAGCAAGAGUUUCAGCUCUUCUCAGAAAUAUGAAAAAACAAGAAAAAGGAAAUUUCAGCAGCAUUGGCUAAAAGACUUUCCAUGGCUGGAUUAUUCAUCAGAAACCAACAAAAUGUCUUGUACAGUUUGUAAACGCUUCAAGGAAACGGCAGACAAGUCUUCUGUCAUGUACAAGGGUUGUUCAACAUUUCGUAUUGGCACACUUCAAUCACAUGCCACAAACAAAGCCCAUCUGAAAUGUAUUGAUCGUGACUGGGAGCAGAACCACUGUGAUGAGGGGCCAAUGGUAGAUGCAGUACGUCAAUGUCUUCUUGAAAGGAAAGAAAAGAUUAUGAAGCUCUUUAACACUGCUUACUAUGUUGCUCAGAAAGAAAAACCUUUUGUUGAGUAUCAACAUCUGCUUGAUCUCCAGAAGAAGAACGGGCUGGACAUCCCCAAACAUUACACCUCAGAUAAUGCUUGCCGAAGAUUCAUACCCUUCAUCUUUGAAACCUUAAAGAAACCCCAACUUCAAAACAUCCAGAACGCGCGUGUCAUAUCUGUACUGGCUGAUGGCUCCACGGAUAAGUCGACAGUUGAACAGGAACUUGUCUACAUCAGGUACAUUCUGGAUGGGGAACCAGUCAGCCAAUUCCUGUCAAUUGAAGAGGUGAACAAUGGGAAUGCCCAAGGUAUCCUGCAGUCAAUUGAAGGGGCUUUUGACAGAUACAACUUGAUGGACUGGAAAGACAAGCUGGUGGGCUUUGGUUCAGAUGGAGCUGCUGUGAUGAUUGGGUGCAGAAAUGGUGUUGCAGCUUUACUGAAGGCCGACAUACCUUGGCUCAUCCCAAUUCAUUGUGUAGCGCAUAGGCUUGAGUUGGCUGUCCUCAGAGCUAUACAAGACAAUGAGAUGUUCAAGAAGGUCAAGGACGUCCUCAUUCAUAUCUAUAAACAGUACCACUUCUCCCCAAAACAACUCAGAGAAAUCAAGCUUAUAGCUGCAGCAAUGGAUCACAGUAUGCCAAAACCCUCCAACUUGGAUGGUGCAAGGUGGAUGCCUCACCAUCAUAAGGCACUCAAGAUCUUGCUGGCAAGUUAUAAACCACUGGUAGCCCACUUUGAACAUAUUGUCCAGGGACGGACAACCACAGCAGAUGGCAUUGGACGAGCUAACUCAGUAUUGCAAUUGCUCAGGAACUACAAAGGAGUUUAUUUCUGCCACUUUCUGUCAGAUGUUCUGGAAGUGCUAUCCAUUCUAAGCCAACAAUAUCAGAAGGAUGACUUGACGCUGUCGAUGGCACUCCAGUGUACAGAAAAUGCUCUCCUGUCUUUGAUCGCUCUCCAGCAUAGACCAGGAGAAUAUGUGCAAAGGUUUCUGGAAUCUGUAAAUCAGGAUGGAAAGUUUGAAGGAGUAGAACUCCAACAUUAUGAUGUCAACAACCACUUUCAUGACAUCAAGGCGGCUAUUAUUGACAGUGUGAGAGCACACAUCUCCAGUCGCAUGGAUGACAUUGACAAAGGGCAUAUCCUCCAACAUGCAAAGGUAUUAGACCCUGCGGAAUGGCCCCUAGUCAUGGAUCGCCAGCAGUUGGCUACUUUUGGAGAUCACGAAAUUGAGAGUCUGUGUGACCAUUUCAAUGGCUUGCUACAAAAUCUGGGAUGUGAUGUCAACCAGUUGAGGUACCAUGAAUGGAUUGAUCUUAAAAACUAUUUGCUCAGGAUACAAGCAAGGCAUCAGGGGAUGAAAGUUGUGUGGAAGGAAUUAUUUUCUGUGCACAAGGAUCGCUUUCCAAACAUCUUGAUCCUAGUAGAGAUCAUCCUUGUUCUGCCUCUCUCAACUUCAGUCUGUGAGAGAGGCUUCUCCUUCAUGAAGAGAGUCAAGUCUGACUGGAGGGCUUCACUCACCACAGAGAUGCUGAGAAGGCUUCUUUUCAUUGCCAUUGAGGGACCUUCCCUUCAUGCUUUUGAUGCCAGCCUAUCAUUUGACAUGUGGUUGACAGGGGGUAAAAGGAGAAGACGAUACGUUUAUGGGGAAGCAGAAUCCUCAUCAGACUCUGAAAAUGAUUCAUGAUAUGUUUUAAUUGUUAUUCUUUAUGUUCCAGUUUGUGGCUCAGUUUGUGGACUUUUUCGGUUCUAUUUUUCUAGUCUAAUAAGACCACAAAGUGUUUUCUAAGUCUUUCUUUUUCUGAAUAUAAUCACCAUGCACAACUUAAGAUCAUGUGAUGUUUAUUUUACCUAAUGUCAGAGAUUAAAGCUGUUAGUUUGAUCUGACUCAGGUUGCAAUAGAAAAGAACGUUUACCCAAUAACUUGUAUUGUCAUUUAUUAUUUAAUAAGCACAAUGUUUAUUUAAUCAUGAAUGUACUUUUAUUUAUCAAGUGCCUAGAAGUCUCUUGACAAUCCAGAUUCCCAUGCAACGUCGUGAUCUAUGUAGGAAAACAACCACAAGAAAUGAUAAUAAUUUCAUCUUUAUUUGAGAUUCUCAUGUGAUGCCACAAAAAUGAGAUGAUAUCAUUAUGGCAGUCUUUUCAUUUUACAUGGGGCAAGUUCGGGCAAGUAGUUCUCACCUCAAGGAUUCCCCAUGGGCAAGUAAUUUUUGUUUUUAAUGUAGAGCCCUGAUAUCCCCUUGAUACAUAUAAUUGAGUGGUGUGGUUCUAUCCUAAUCAUCAUGGGUAUUAUUACUUAGCCAUUUUAAGCAUCUUUUAGCAACAUCCAUCCAUUUAUGUUCAUGGACUAUAGAAGAUAAAAUGUAGCAGCCUGGUUUGCAAUAUGUUUUUUCCCCCCCUGUGCUUGAAUGCAGCAAUUGUUGGCAGAUAUUUUUUUUCCACCUACAAUAUAUGUGCUGAAUCACGAGGGCCCUCUAGUGGUAAUACAUGAUGCCAAGCGACUGUCUGUAUAAACACAGAUGCACAUACACACUAUACUGUAUGUGUGUGUAUAUUUAUAUGUAUGUGUACAGUAUAUACACUGUAUAUGUAUGUAAGUGUAGAGUAUAUACACUGUAAACCCGAAUAAGUUAGCAGAAGUCAAAAAAAGUGAGGCAAUCAGUUGCCACAUUUUUUUAGUUCAUAAACUCAAACAUUUGAGUAUAUCAGAGCUUUAAUAUUUGGAGUUAAUAUUAGAUAUACUUUUUAAUUUGUGGGUGAAAAGAGAAAUGGCUUUCUCCAUUUCUUUAAUUUUUGUUCUCAUUUCAACUCUUUCCAUAGGAAGAAGGCGUGCAUGUGUAACCUAAACAGUACAAAUCUAUCUGAUGCAAUGGAUUUCUUCUUCAUUGAUUCUUGGUUUGAUUUAUUUAUGUUUAAUAGAUACUUUAAGUAACUACACAUAGCUUGUGCCCCCUUCACUUCAAAUAGGCUUGACUUAGUUGACUUAGGCUUGAGUUUUUGCAAUAAAAGUGACUGUUGUCAUUUUUAGCUUAUAUUCAGCUCCAUAACCCUCACUGCCCUUCUCUCUUCAAUUGCCAUUGUUCACCGGCGACACAGUAUAAAAUGUAUAGGUACUCACCACUAAUGAAUAAUAAUGUAAUGCCUGGUAAAAGGUAUGUGUACACACCAGCACUUAAUGAAUAAAAUGAUGUCAUGACUGCAAUCCAUAGUAUCAGGUUGAGUCAUAACAAAUACUGUCUGCAUGCAUUUCCUUAUUUUAGCCCAUGACGGCUAUUCCUAAUAAUAACAAUAUUAGUGGUAUUCUAGCCGAGUUCUAUUUAUUGCAGCGAUAUUUAUUGAGGAAACCAUAAAGGUUAAUAAUAGCCUGAUUUAGUUUUUACAUAC